GAGGUGUCGCUGUUCCGCCGCACACUUCUGACGCCGCCGAACAGCGCAUGCGCGAAGAAGCGCAGGAGCGCGAUAAACACAGCAAUGGCAGCUCAUCUGAAGAAACGAGUUUAUGAGGAAUUCUCUAAAGUUUCUCAGGUGUCUCUUGAGGAGGUUCCUGCAGCUGCGAAAAAGCUUCGACUGACCAAACCCAGUAAAUCAGCCGCUCUUCACAUAGACCUGUGUAAAGCCACCAGCCCCACAGACGCUCUGCAGUACCUGCUGCAUUUCGCACGUAAACCUGUGGAGGCUGAGAGUGUGGAGGGGGUCGUGCGCAUACUGCUCGAGCAUUAUUACAAGGAGUCGGAUAACUCUGUCAGGCUGAAGAUCGCCUCAUUGUUGGGUUUAUUAUCAAAAACCCAGGGCUUCGCUCCAGACUGCAUAGUAGAUGAUGCUAUAAACACUCUCAACAAUGAAAAGUCUCAUCAGGUUCUGGCUCAGCUUCUGGGCACUCUGCUGAUCAUUGGUACUCAACUCCCAGACAAGAUCGCUGUCAUUCAGAGACUUAUAGAUGUGGCUUGCAAGCAUCUCUCAAGCACUUAUUUCGGAGUGAGGAAUAAGUGUCUGCAGCUGCUGGGCUGUCUGGGGACGGUUGAUAAACCUCUCAGUAAAGAGACUGAUGCAGGACCCGGAGCACAAACAUCACACGUACGGGAUGUACAGAGUGUGAUCAGCGACUACUUCCAGGACCAGGACCCUCGCGUCCGCACCGCCGCCAUCAAAGCCAUGCUGCAGCUGCAUGAAAGAGGGAUGAAAAUUCAACAGACUAUUUAUAACCAGGCCUGUAAGCUCUUGAGUGAUGAUUAUGAGCAGGUUCGUUCAGCAGCGGUGCAGAUGGUUUGGGUUCUGAGCCAGCUUUAUCCUGAGAGUAUUGUUCCCAUCCCCUCCUCCAAUGAGGAGAUCCGACUGGUGGACGACUCCUUCGGGAAGAUCUGUCACAUGGUCAGUGACGGCUCAUGGGUAGUCAGAGUGCAAGCUGCGAAACUGCUGGGCUCAAUGCAUCAAGUCAGCCCUCAUUUUCUGGAGCAGACAUUAGACAAGAAGCUGAUGUCAGAUCUCAGGAGGAAACGUACUGCUCAUGAGCGAGCAAAAGAACUGUACGCUUCUGGAGAAUUCUCAUCUGGACGGCGAUGGGCCGACGAUGCUCCUAAAGAGAAAGUCGACACUUCGGGUGUAAAUCUCAUCGACUCUGGAGCCUGUGGGGCUUUUGUUCAUGGCCUGGAAGAUGAGAUGUACGAGGUGCGUAUCUCUGCAGUAGAGGCGCUAUGUUCCCUCGCCCAAUCCUCACCCAGCUUUGCUGAGAAGUGUCUUGACUUCCUGGUGGACAUGUUUAAUGAUGAAAUCGAGGAGGUGCGGCUACAGUCUAUCCACGUUUUGCGGCAGAUCUCGACUCACAUCACCCUCAGAGAAGACCAGCUGGACACUGUCCUCGCAGUACUGGAGGACUCAUCGCGGGACAUUCGCGAGGCAUUGCAUGAGCUGCUCUGCUACACUAACGUGUCCACUAAAGAUUGCAUCCAGCUGGCCCUCCUGGAACUCCUGAAGAACCUCACCAAGUACCCGACCGACCGCAACUCAGUCUGGAAAUGUCUGAAGUUCCUUGGUGCUCGGCACCCAACCCUGGUGCUGCCGAUUGUCCCUGAGCUGCUGAGCACACAUCCGUAUUUCGACACUCCAGAACCAGACAUGGACGACCCUGCCUACAUUGCUGUUUUAGUUCUGGUCUUCAAUGCAGCCAAAUCCUGUCCCACCAUGCCAGCACUGUUCUCAGAUCACACGUUUCGGCACUACGCCUACCUGCGUGACAGCUUGUCCCACCUGGUACCACACCUCCGAGUGAGAAACCUGCCUGCGUACCUCAUAUCCAUUUGGGGUCCAGAUCUGCUGCGGUUGGGGGAGCUGCAGACGGAGUUGGCCGGAUCUGCAGAUUUCUGUGCCACAUACCUGCACUGCCAACUGCUGCUCACCAAGGCACUCCAGGAGAAGUUAUGGACCAUGGCUGUGCCACUUUGUCUUAAACAAAAUGCCAAAGUUUCAACAGCCGCUCGACAGAUCCUGGAUGAGACCUAUAAGCUGGAGUUCUUGUACAGCGGUCUGGAGACGCAGCAGAUCGCCACUAUUCACAACGUCCGGCUGCAGGCGAAAGCGUUACAGCUCAUCCUGAUGGCCCGAUCCAAACGCGGGGUUGACCGGGUUCUUGGGGUUUGUGAGAAGUUCCUGCAGGAUGUGGAGUCAUUUCAGAGGCUCUUCAUGACAGAGUUGCCCCAUUUCCAGGACAGUUUUGUGGAGAAACUCCUGGAGUUGAUGCCCAGGCUGACGGCCUGCAAACCUCUUGAUCUGGUUAAAAUCCUUCAGACCACACUGCGACAAAGCAGAUUCAUCCAUCUCAAGCUACCCGAGCAGAUCCACAGGGCGUCAGCGACUAUUAUUGAGCCGACGGGAGAAUCAGACAACCCUUUGAAAUUCACCUCUGGUCUGGUGGUGGCGUUAGACAUCGAUGCUACUCUUGAACAUGUACAAGAUCCACAGACUACAGUCAAAGUGCAGGUGCUGUAUCCAGAUGGACAGUCUCACAUAAUCCACCCCAAACCUGGAGAUUUCAGGACCCCAGGACCUGGACGUGUGCGACUGAUCACGCAGGUUUAUCUCUCUCACUCUGCCUGGACAGAGGCCUGUCAGGUUGAGGUGCGGUUGCUCCUGGCCUACAGCUCCAGCAGCAGUAAACCAUCUGCCUCUAAACCUGUGUGGAAUGAGAGUCUGGACGGCCUGCCCACCAGCGAGAGCUGCAUCGAGGGCACAAUCCACCUCAGCAAACCCGUCAAUGUCUUCAUCAUGCCCAAACCAGCUCGCCGCUGACCUGACGAACCCAAGCAGUACAUGUGAAAUUAACAGCCACCACAAACUCAAGUGUUUUCACAAUUACGUUUUAUCUGAAAUAAAUGUAUUUUUUUUUGUUCA